AUGUCGUCCACCAGCAACGCCUCCAUUGACAAGUUCAACGGAGACAAUUACGCAACGUGGAGCCGGUACAUGCGCGGUGUGUUUUUGACGCAGUCCGUCUGGCACGUCGUCAACCGUGAAGUGACUCCGACUUUCACCGACCCGCGAGCGUCCGAUGACUACGUCAAGGCAAGCAACGUCGCGUUUGGUAUGAUGCUGCUGCACAUAAACGCGGACUACCAUCAUGUGCUGGACAACUGCGAGGAAGCCUGGGUUGCGUGGACAAGUCUGAAGACGCUGUACGGUGGGUCGCAGAAGGCAGGACGCAUCUACCUCAAGCGACAACUUUUCAGCACCAAGAUGGCUGAAGGCGCGAACGUCAUGCAUCACUGCAACGAGGUCCUCAACAUCUCCGCCAAGCUUAGCGGCAUCGGUGCGAAGAUGGAAGACGAAGACGUUGCAAUUUGUCUGCUACUCAGUCUUCCGAAGAGCUACGAAAAUGUGGUGCUCAACAUGGAAAUGAGCAGCACCGAGCUUCGCACUCAAGAUGUGGUGAGAGUCCUGACGAAUGAGCAUGCCAAGCGUCAAGGAGCAAAAGGGACAACGACAGCGACUACGGUGAAGGCUGAAGAUGCAAGCAAGGCAUUCAGCGCCGAGCAAACGAAGGUCGGGGAGCCCGACGCGGCGGCAAUGGUCGUGGACGCGGGGGCUAACAAUGUCCAGUGGGGACAUCAUGAUGAAGGCAAUGGCUACGAUCGAGUGGCGUUUGCAUUCUCGUUCGAAUGUGGAGUUUCGACGAGCAAGGACGUGUCUGGAAUGUGGGCCGUCGACAGUGGUGCAACGCACCACAUUUUCCACGACAAGACCAAGUUCGCAAGUUUGGCAGAGCGCAAUGAGGGCGAACUCUUGGUGGCUGAUGGCAACAAGGUGGCCAUCAAGGGUGUGGGAACCAUCAUGGAAAAGGUGGUUCUGCCCAACGGUGAAGAGCGUGAGAUCGAAAUCAAGAACGCGCUAUAUGUUCCAAGUAUGAGCAAGAACCUGCUCUCGGUGCUACAGAUUAACAGCCAUGGCAAGUUUCAAGUCGUGUUUGACGGGUCCAAGAUGUAUGUGACUCUCAAGAACUCACAGCAAGUGGUGGCGACAGCGGAUCUCGUGGAUGGACUCUACUGGCUUCGGACGACUCAACGAUCAGCAAAUGUGACAACAAGUGGAACCAGUUGUGCCGAUCUACAUGCGAGAAUGGGUCAUGCUCCAGUCGAUGUACUUCGCAAGAUGAUCGCGACCAACAUGAUCAAGGAUGUGCGAGUCCCUCUCAAGUCGGGUGGAGCAACUACAUGUCGAGGAUGUCAACAAGGGAAAAUGGUCCAAAAACCAUUUCCAAGCAACCGAGACAAGCGCAGCUACGAUACGUUUGAGCUACUUCAUCUGGACAUCUGCGGGCCCAUGGAAAAGGAUUCGCUCGGUGGCAGCAAAUAUUUGCUGCUGAUCAUCGACGAAGCCAGUGGAUGCAUGAAGGGCUUUUGUCUACGAGUGAAGUCCGAGAGUGAAGACUACAUCCGGAAAUAUAUCACCAUGGUACAGACGCAAUUCUGUUAG